GGCGUUUCAAUACAUGUGAUGAAUCCGUUCACUAACGAUCCAGCAAUGCCACACCGCACCGGUACGAGUUCUGUAGUUUCAAAUUCGUCACAAUGGCCUCGCGUUUGUUAUCCACGACACUUAUCGGAUCACCGACGGGUUUAAGGGCGUUUCCGGCGAGAGCUGGGGUGAGAAAGGGGAGGGUUAGUUUCAGAGCUGUGAGCGAUAGCUCUCAAGGAUCCGUCGAUGGAACCAUUUACCAAGGUGUUUACGGUCCUUGGACCAUCGAGCAGUCCGAUGUCAAAGAGGUUAUCCUGUACAGAUCAGGACUGGUUACUGCUGCUGGAUCGUUUGUAGCCGCUUCUUCUGCUGCUUUUUUACCAGGAGACUCUUGGUUAAGUGAAGUAAUCAGGCAAAACCAUGACUUGUUCUACCUUGUUGGUGCUGGUGGUUUGGGCCUAUCGCUGUUUCUGAUUCACAUAUAUGUUACGGAGAUUAAGAGGACUCUUCAGGCUUUGUGGGCACUCGGUGUUGUUGGUUCGUUAGCCUCUUACGCAGCUCUUGCUCGACCAGCCAGUGAUAACUUGGUUCAUUAUGUCGUUGAUCACCCAAGUGCUGUUUGGUUUGUUGGCCCUCUUUUCGCUGCUCUCACGGGGCUCGUUUUCAAAGAAGGACUUUGUUAUGGAAAGCUAGAAGCUGGCCUUCUUACAUUCAUCAUACCUUCAGUUCUUCUCGGGCAUUUGAGUGGUCUGAUGAAUGAUGAGGCAAAACUGGUGUUGCUAGGAACAUGGAUGGCCCUUUUUGUAGUAUUUGCUGGAAGAAAAUUCACUCAGCCCAUAAAGGAUGAUAUUGGGGAUAAAUCUGUUUUCACGUUCAUGUCUCUUUCGGAAGAUGAGAAGAAGGCUUUAGUUGCAAAACUCGAGCAAGAAAGGUCCGGGUAAGAAGACCCAAAAUGAUAACGAAAAUGUUUUUAAGCAUCUUCAAGAAUAGGUAAAUAUCUUGUAUCCGUAGAAUUAUAUAUGUACACCUAUGAGCAGAGAUGCUACCAUAAACAGUUUGUAGAUUUGUGAUUGGUAGCCUUUAUCGCACCAUUACUAAAAAUGACAAUACAAAUGCUAUCAAAAUCAUCAUUUGCACAU